UGACGGUUGUUUAUAUAUUACUUAUAUAAUCUAGACAAAUUAAAUGUAAAUGUUAUGACGAUUUGUCAUAAUUAAGUAGAUGUCGUCAGCUAUUGAGUAUGUAAACGUACGCCUAUCUGUUCCUCAUAUCCUACACUAUUCUUUGCUUGGGAUGUACGUUGUAUUCCAACUGGUUUAUUAUCAAAGACAUCAAAACGCAAAAUUUCCAACACCGCGCUGCCAUGAAAAACGUCACUUGCUGCAAUACUUCUGUAAACAGCACAACAAUGCCUGUUUCUACUAGCGAAGAACUUACUUGGGAUGAUGCAACUUGGAUUUUGACAAGUAGUUUCAUUAUAUUUACUAUGCAGUCAGGUAAGAUCUCUCUGUAUAUUAUAUAACACGUAGAAGAGUGUACAGAUCAAGAUAUGACUUUAAUUAGGUUUCGGACUGUUAGAAGCUGGUUGUGUCUCUUCUAAAAAUGAAGUUAAUAUUAUGGUUAAAAAUGCUGUUGAUGUUAUUUUCGGCGGUCUCACUUACUGGGCAUUCGGCUAUGGUCUUACUUACGGCAACGAUAAAUACUCAAACACUUUCUGUGGUAUCGGCCAUUUCUUCGUUAAUACACCAAAUGAUAAACGAAUGGGUAUUACCUACUCAACUUUCAUCUUCCAGCUAUCUUUUGCAACCACAGCAACAACAAUCGUGUCCGGCGCCAUGGCAGAGAGAACCAAAUUAUCUGCUUAUAUUAUCUUUUCGCUGUUAAAUACUUAUGUUUAUUGUAUUCCCGCGCAUUGGCUGUGGGAUGAUAGGGGAUUCCUGAGAAAGUUGGGUGUUGUUGAUAUUGCCGGUUCAGGAGGAGUCCACUUAUUAGGAGCAGUUUCAGCGCUGGUAGCGGCCGUAAUGCUUGGUCCUAGAUUAAAUAGAUUCGAUAACAAUCGUAAGAAAAUGGAUUGCAGUAAUCCAACAAACUGUCUGAUCGGUAUGUUUAUGUUAUGGUGGGGUUGGCUGGGGUUUAAUUGCGGUAGUACCUUUGGGAUAUCAGGAGGAAAAUGGAUUUUAGCAGCUAAAACGGCUGUAACAACGAUAACGGCUUCGAUGGGUGGAGGUGUAGCUGGUAUGCUACUCAGUUAUGUGAUUAAUAAGAGGAAAUACAUAGUUUUUGAUAUGGUUAAUAGUAUUUUGUCCUCUUUAGUCAGUGUCACAGCUAGUUGUGCUGCCAUAAGGCCUUGGGAAGCAAUUAUAAUUGGAGCUGUAGGAGCUGUUUUAAGUUUAGCUUUUGUGCCAAUCAUGAACCUCUUGAAAAUUGACGAUCCUGUUGGUGCGUUCGUUGUUCACGGAGUUGGUGGAGUUUGGGGUAUGAUUGCAGUUGGUCUAUUCGUAGACAUUGAUACUAUAGAGGAUAUAACAAGAGGUAGGGCUGGAUUAUUUCACGGUGGUGGUUUUUAUCUAUUGGGAGUUCAACUCUUAGCGAUUGUCGCUAUUUUUAUUUGGAGUGGCACAACGUCUUUUGUUACUCUAUGGAUUAUAAGAAGAGCAAUCGGACUAAGGAUGAGUGAGCACGACGAAAAACUCGGAGCAGAUUUUAUCGAGCACGGAAUCGAUAAAGAUCGUAUCCUAACAGAAAAUUCAAUUGCAAUUAUGGAAUAUCUUGCCAGACGAACAAACUCUGAAGCUAAUGAACUUCCUAACGUAUCUAGACUUGUAUUACGUAGGUCAAGCUUCGGAGUUCGAGCUAACGUUUCAUUUAAUGGACAUCUUAAUGGUGCAUUUGAUGAAAAUGAAGAAAUCAAUCAUACUAAUAAUCGUGAAAUAGAUCAUCCAGUUAACGGUGUUUAGGAAGACAAUAUUUUUUCUCUCACACCAAAUGACUAACUAAGACGAUCCUUCACUCACACUCACCACACUAUUCUGGCCAAACCUUUGGAAACAAAAAGAAGGGAACAAUAUGAAAAGUUCAUACUUGAAAUUUUACAUAAUAACCAAAGAGCCUUUAUAUUUAUUUUAUUUUUUAACAUCAUUUAAUUGAAAGAAUUUUUCUUAUUCUAAGUAAAAUAAGAGAUGAUGAAAAAAUAAGGUGAAAUCAUUACUUCCACAUCAUAAAAUCGACAAUAUAUUUUGUACAAUUGUUAAUAAUCU